GGGGGCGGGGUCAGGGUUAAUCCCAGACCCAGAAGAGCAAGAAAGAAAAGACAGAGCGGGAACAACACGAAAGCAGACAGAGGCGUGCAGGGCGCCAAAAGAGAGGCAUAAGGCGCAGCUCUCAGGCAGGGAACAGAGCGAGGCGGCGAGAAAACGGUGGAGGUGAGCGUGAAAGCGAACAGACUGGUUGGGGCUAAUUUGAGGGCAGAAAAAGGGAAGGACAGUGAGGAAGGGUCUCGCUCUCUGGCCCCCGAGUCGAGAAGGAAGGGACUCGGUCAGCAAAAGAGAAGCGCGCUCGAGGCAUUGAGAGAGACUAUCAGGCGUCCUCCUCAGCGAGAGUGGAGUACUCCAGACCGAAGAGGAAAAGGCGGGAAAGCGGGAAAAGGAAGAGAGCGCGGGGAAAGCAUCGCCAUGCACUUCGGAGACACUCCUGGCAGUACCCCUUGGGCAGCUCCGUCGUCAGCCUGGAACAGGAGUCAGGGGCGGCUCAGGGAAGCGGAGGAAGCCGGCACCAGCGCGAAGCCGCCCUGGUCUAGCAGCAACUCCAGCGGGAACAACGACAAUUACGGGCGGGACGAAGAACUGGCCAAGCUGGAGAUCGCGGUGCUGGCCUUGACGUUCGCCUUGGCCGUGCUGGGCAACUCCUUCGUCCUGCUGGCGCUGCACCGCACGCCGAGAAAGAAGGUCUCCCGCAUGGACCUCUUCAUCCGGCACUUGAGCCUCGCCGACCUGGCGGUGGCUUUUUUCCAAACCUUGCCACAACUCUGCUGGGACGUGACUUACCGCUUCCACGGGACGGACGGCCUGUGCCGCGUGGUGAAGCACCUGCAGGUCUUCGGCAUGUUCGCCUCGGCGUACAUGCUGGUGGUGAUGACGGCCGACCGCUACAUCGCCGUGUGCCACCCGCUGAAGACGCUGCAGCAGCCCGCCAAGCGCUCGCACUGCAUGAUCGCGACUGCCUGGGCGCUCAGCUUCGUGCUCAGCAUGCCGCAGUACUUCAUCUUCUCGCUCACCGAGGUGGAGACCGGUUCGCGAGUCUACGACUGCUGGGGUCACUUCAUCAAGCCCUGGGGGCUCCGCGCCUACGUCACUUGGAUCACCGGCAGCAUCUUCGUGGCGCCCGUCCUCAUCUUGGCCAUCUGCUACGGCUUCAUCUGCUACCACAUCUGGAGCAACGUCCGAGACAAGACCCGAAGGCAAAGGCGGCCUAUGGUUCCUCCUCGAGGAGACGCCCUCCGCAAGGGGUUGCUUCUCACGCCCUGUGUUAGUAGUAUCAAGAAUAUCUCUCGUGCCAAGAUCCGCACAGUCAAGAUGACCUUCGUGAUCGUCUCCGCUUACAUCAUCUGCUGGGCGCCUUUCUUCACCGUCCAGAUGUGGUCCGUCUGGGACGCCCACUUCUCGUGGGUUGAGUCUGAAGACACUGUAGUUACAGUCACUGCCCUUCUGUCCAGCUUGAAUAGUUGUUGCAAUCCAUGGAUCUACAUGUUCUUCAGUGGGCACCUCUUGCAAGAUUUCUUACAAAGCUUCAUGUGCUGUCAAAAAGUAAAGCAAAGGCUGAAUAAAGAAGACUCUGAGAGCAUCAGCAGAAGACAGUCUUCUUUCACUAAUAACAGAAGUCCAACACACAGUUUGGACACAUGGAGAGAAUCUCCAAAUUUGUCACAAUCUAUGAAGUUCAUUCCCAUUUCUUCCUGAACCAUUUAUUUAAAAAACCACACCUGAUGAAUCCUUGAGUACCAGAACAGCACUUUAUAAAGGCACUUUAGCUGGUCAUAGCUAUCAGUUAUCCUAUUUGUAUAAAUAUGAUGGGUCUGCAUUAAUGUAAAUAAAGGCUGUAAAUUAGACUAGAAAAGGUUUACGAAUGUGUAUUCAGGGAGAAAAACAGUAACAUAUAAUAUUUUUCUAAGAAGGCAGCUUUAAAUAUCUUUUUGCUCUUAUCAUAAUUAAUAUAGAGGUAAGAUUAAAUGCAGUUGUUGCAACACCACAAUAAGAAUACUUGUCCAGAUCUUCCUUUGAAGUGUAAUCCUGUGCAGUUUCGAUACAGCUCUCAUAGAAAUGAGUGAGAAUAACAUGCUUGUAACUGAGCACAGGGCUGCAAUUUCAGUGUAUUAACCUCAUGAUCAGUGCUAUUGAAUGAUGAACUGUGUAUAGCAAUGCAAAUGCGGUUCUAAACUGGAAAUAUAGGAAAGGAAUUAGAAGUUGCUGGUUGAGAAACAUUCUGCAACCUCUAAACACCACCCUAAACUUCAAAAUUACUAAAAGAUUUUAAACAUAAUUUUAAUGUCCAUGGCUAACGUUUUACACAAACUGGAAUGUAUGAGAUCUAAGUGAAUCGGCCCAAUCUAGAGCUGCUUGGGUGAUCCACACAGAAUUUCAUGUCAGUACUGGCUUCCCCAUUUGCUACAAAGUUGGAGAAAGCUCUACCGAAUGGAGAGAAAUGUAAAAUGUUAUCUGCUGGAGUGCAUGGCGAAGCUGUUGUAUGUAUUAUACUGGGGUGUACAUCAGAACUUCUCAUGCCUUCAAACUGUGGUAAUCGUAUUUAUAUUUGAGUAGGAUUACAUCUCUGCAAGGGUUUGGUUCCUGAGCUUUGAUUAUCAUCUUAAUGUUCUAAGAGAAGGGGCCAUUGCUGCUUUAACAACAACAAAUCAUCUUUUUUAUAUUAAAUAAAGAGUUGCCAAUUAACUCAUCCUCCGCUCCUGCCCAGAGGAGGUGGUGAUUUUAGCCAUUUCACGUGGGUGGUUGAAAUCAGACCGUGCUUUGAAGGGGUUUGAAAAGGUCCAAAGGGACCCUGGUGUAUGGCAGUUACAGUGUGUGCCUGCUGUGCUCUUGCUGAUUGGGUACUUCCUGCUCCCAUGUUGACAUUGGUCUGGUAGCCUGAUUCAGACAUGAUGCUAAAUUAUGAUUUAGUGCUAUGAGGAUGUGAAGCUGUUCUCACGUGCAGCCUAACCUGGACUAGGGAUGGCCAGCCUGUAUUAGGCUGUGCCCCGAUCCUGGCGGGCCAGCACCAUGUAGUCCAGUUUUUAAGCCCAGCUGUUAGCUGAGGUACAGGGAACAAGUGCUCCCUUAACCCUGCUUAUGUGUGAGCACAGGCUGGUUCCAGCCUGGCUGCACACAGAGACAUGUGCCUAGAAUGCCUGUAUCUUGGGGGAAUCCCCCAAUGCAGUGCGUGUGUCGCACGGUGCAUUGUGGGCUUCACAGAGGCUGGGACAAUGAUUCCCAGCCUCAGAUCAAUCCGCCCUGCUCUGCACUGCAUGGAGCAGCGCCGACUAUAUGGGAGUGCCUCUGCGCUCCCAUCAGCUGAACAGUAAUUGUCAGGUGGGGGGGAGGCAAGGUUUGGGAAGCCUUCCCCUCACCCACCCAAUAGGUCUUGUGAAUGGCCACUUUGUCUCCAUAAGCCAGAGGCUCACACUCCUUCCCCCCUCUCCUCCUUUCUCAAGCAUGAAAGGAGGGUAUUUAAAGCUUCUGCAUUCAUUUUAGAACAAAUGGCAGUUCUGUUUCAUGUAUAAUUUGGUAGAGCGUGGUUUGUUUUAACUAUAUUAUUAAAUUAAAACAAACCAGAAUCAAACUGUUUCUGGUAUAACUAUAUUUAGAGGAAAGCCACAGUUCCCUACGUUUGUUUGUAUGUAAUGCAGAACUGUGGCUUGUUCUAAAAUGGAUGUGGAAGCUUUAGAUCAGGAGUGCACAACUACAUGCAUAACUACAUUAAAAUUAAUUAUUUGAAAUAUGAAAGUGAGGUGGCAGAGGUUUGGAGUUGUGGGGAGAAGCAAGAGACAAGAGCAAUGAUCAUGUCAGCUGGCUCUGACCCAGGGAUAUCUGGUCUUAAAUGGCCAGUUGCAAUGAGCUGCUGUUGCCGGUAGGCAGGGCAGGCCAAAAGCUCUUUGUUGCUCCUCCUGCUGUUGCUGCAGGCCAGAAAAAAAAGCCCCUGUGGGCUGGGGCUGGCUCCUGGCCUUUCUUUUGUGCAGGUCUGCUUUAGAUCUAUUUUGUGCUUAGUAGAGGAGAUGGGAGGGGAAAGCUGAGACUCAUUCUUGUAGUUCUAAACCAUAAUUUAGCAUUAUGCCUGCACUGGGCCUCUGUGUCGGUGGUGCAGUUCAGAGGUCCUGAUCCAGAACAGGAAGGUGAGGCUGGCUUGGUCUCUAGUUUACUGGUUCUCAUUACAAUUUCUUUUCACUUAAUUUUCUUAUCUAAGGUAACACCAUAUGUUUGUCCUCCCUGAAUUGAUUCUUGUUGGUUCUAAAAUGUAAAAUUUCAGUAAUGACUUUAUAAAAUUUCCAAGUACAGAACAUGUAAGUUUCUUUGUUGAUUUGUGGCACAAUGCUGUCAGACAACUGAGUUAACAGAAACAAUACAAAAGAGUUUUCUAGAUAACUAUGCAGACUUAAGAGUGUAACUGACGUUUAUAGUACUUUCCCAUUUUACUAGCCACCAUGGAAUGUAGUCAGUGGUGUCAUUUUGCUAUUAAUAAUGUAUAAAGAUGUACACUCAUGACAAGCAUUUGAGUUCUUCUCAGUGUAUCUGUCUUUCUCACUUGGACAAUCUCAUAUUAUAGCCUGGAGUCUCUUCCACCAUGAAUAUAAACAUAUAUACCCAUACAGAGGAACAAUCAGCAACCCUUUCCCUUUCUUAAAACGUGGACUUUAUUGGCCUGAGAGAGUUUUAGUGAAUAUCCAUGUUAUGUAUCUGAGAGAUAAGCCCUCAACUCUAACAAAACAUAUGCAUACAAACACACAGAAGUAAUUUUAUGGCUGUGUAGUCAGCUUGAACUGAAAGAAACUUUCUUACUAUAUAUUAAUAUGUCACUAUUCUAUUAUUAUUCUGGCAUAGACUAAGGCUAAUAAAGAUAAGGGUGUGACCUGGAGAAAACAAUCCAGAUGGGAUGUCCUUGUCAUAAUGCAUUGGGUUUCUUUUGUUGAUAUGCAAUCGUAAGAUAUUAUGGACAUGUUUAUGUUGUUACUGUUUUGGAGUGCUUGUAUACUCCAACUCUUCAGCUGCUAGCUGUAUAGCAUAUUAAUACUGUGAUAUACAAGCUGUUUAACCCAUUUUAAACGUUCAUAGAAUGGGCUUUAAUUGAAAUCAAUUAGCUAAUGGGGCUGUAGCAAUUUAAAUUCAGGUAUAUUGGCUCAAGCAUAUUGCCACUUUCAUUUGGCCACAAUGUAAAUUGCCAUUCCUGUACCAUCAAGCCACUUUAGUAAUCUUGUACUAAAUAUAUUUCAUGAGAACUGGGUUUUUAAAUCCCUAAAGAGUUUUUAAAAUCCCUUUAUAACCUCUUGCAAAGGAAGAGGAAAGACUGAUGAGCCUAAAAGUAAAUUUACCAUUUUAGACUUUGCUUUACAGACAUACAUUUCAUGGGUCACCCUCUCCUUCCUCCCAUUUUAAAUUAAGGACUACUGAUCCCUUAUUCACAGGUUGCAAAAAGUUUAUAUGAUAAAUGCUGGUAUUGUAAGAAAUCAACUUUCAUACAUGCAUGGUAGAUAUGAUCAAAACUACCUUACUUUGGUGGUUUGUUCAAUUAUGCCAGUGACCAAAUAUGAAGUUUGCAAUAAUCCAACCCCUUAACCUAAUAUUCUGUUGGGUUAUAUGGAUUAAUUGUUAAAAUUUGCUGAGAUUGUACACAUGAAAGGGAAGAAAGGUUACACUUUUAUAUUGUGUGUUUUGGUGUAUUAAACAGGGAUACAAUCUCAGUUUAAACUAGUAUAAGUAUAGGUGUUUCACGUUACCUUGAGAGUUGUAGAUCUUUGUUUGAUUUUCCAUCUAAGUAUACUUUUCAUUUGUAUCGUGACUUCCCAUUUAUACAUGUACAAAUGCUCACAUUUUAACUGUCUGUAAAUAAAGAUAAUGUAUAUAUUUAAUAAAAAGAUUA